AUGUCGGGUCUAAAGAGUGUCCUCACAAAACAAUACAAGGCGGCUUUUGCCCGCUGGCCCAAAGACCAGUUGCGCCCGGAUGUCCAGCUCCAGGACGUCCUGGGCGGCCAGCAUCUGGCCGACCGUCUUGCCGGCCGCCGCUCCCUGGCCUCGCCCGUCACCGACAUUGCCAUUGAGCGCGCCACCGGCCGCCCGCCGCCGAACCCGCCCGCGUCGGACCUCGCCCAGCUGCGCCAGGUCAAUGCGCUGCAGUCGCUGCUCGACGACCGCUACAAGAAGACGCACCGCUUGACGGGCCCGCUGAUGACGCCGCGCAGCAACCCGACCUACUACACGGACUUGAUCACGGAGCUGGAAGAGGCGCCGACGCGGAGUUUCUUCGGGCGCUUGCGGAAGCGGCUGGGCGGCAUGUUCCGGCUGUCGUAG